AUGGCAGAGAUUCCAGCUUCAACAGAGCUUCAUCCGGCAGCUCAAGUACAAAAGUGGAAGCUGAAUUUGCGAGGAUGGCUAUGGAACCCACAGACUCAGCCUAGAGAAGCUGACAGGAUCUGUCAGGCGCUUCUGCAAAGUGGGCAUCUAGAAACCUUGCCCGAGUAUUCUGACAUACUCGCUGCGGUCGGGGCGCGACGAUGCUGGCAAGCAGGGCUUGAGAUUUGGACCCUCCUUGUCCAAGGUCCUCAGCAGAUUCGGCCAGACGUAAAGGCACUUAAUACUGCCUUGAGAGUCCUGGGCAAUGCAGCGCAGUGGGAGCUGGCCUUGAGCAUGCUGGCUUCGGCAAGCUCCUGCAGGCUGCAGCUGAACAUGGAAUCGAUUCAGCAUACGAUGUCUGGCUUGGGGGAGAGCCACCAGUGGCAGAGAGCUCUCACUCUCCUCGCAGAGUCCCAUCAGCAGCAGUCUGCACCCAGCGUGGCCUGCUGUAGUGAAGCCAUCAAAGCUUUGAGUGCCGCCGGAGAGCAUCGAUUCGCACUAUGGAUGUUGUAUGAUUCUGAAAGCAUUCAGCUGCGCCCUGACGAAAGAACGUAUGCUGCGGCAAUUCUGUCUUGUGGUGGUUUGGGCGAGUGGCAGCGGGCCCUCGCCUAUUUGGACUACAUACCCCAGAUCGGGCUGACCCCCACUGCAUUCUGUGUAGUAAAUGCCAUGCAGGCAUGUGCUGCUUGCGGGCAGUGGGACAGAGUCCUGGACUUGUUCGAUGGCAUGCAGGAGUCCAAACUUUCAAGGCCGGUGAAAGCCUUCAGCACUUCACUCGAGGCAUGUCAAGCGACGGGCGACUGGGAGAAAGCGCUCGCGAUCUUUGACGAGUUCAUAAGCAAGGGUGGCGUUCUAGAAGAGGAUCUGGUGGAACCGCUGGUUACAGCGUGCCUAGCUGCCCAAAAGCAAGAGCAAGUGCGGCAAUUCCUGAUAGAGUGGGACAAACUUGGGUUCCUUCCCAGCUACGCCUUGAGCCGAUACGUGGCGGACCAUUCCUGA